AUGGAAUAUCCCCGGGACCAGCAAUUGCGGGUCAUCAUCCAUCACCUCGCAGGAGAGGCCCGCAGGGAAGUGAUGGUUUUAGAUGGUGCAUCACGGACAGACCCUUCUAAGAUAUUUGAAGCCCUUCGAGAUAUCUACGGAGAGAAGGAGACAUUGGCAUCCUUACUCAAUAAACUCCAUGGACGACAUCAAAGGCCCGGGGAGACAACAAGACAAUUUGCCUUGGCUCUCCAAGAGCUCACAGGGAAGAUUCAGAGUAAGUCGAAAAUACCCAACGUGGAUGAGGUUUUGUGCGUAUGCUUCCUUGAAGGGAUGCGCCAGGGUCCCGUGAAGAUCGCUGUCAGCCGUUUCGCUCGUCGGAAGGGGGCUAUCUCGUUUAGGAUGCUGAAGGAGGAGGCAAGGAGGAUAGAAGCGGAGGAAGAUAUGGCAGGUUGCAGUGAGUUUAGUCAGGCGGAGGUAUCCGUUUUCAAAACAGACAGGGUCGGCGGCUUGGCAGAUAGUGAUGCUCCCUUCACCCUUUCCCAAUUGGCUGAGGAGCUGAAGGCCCUUCGGGUUACCAUGACCGAGCUGAGUCAACAGGUGGCCGAGAGAGGCAGAGGAUCUGGGAAUCAGCAGGGAGGAAAGACCAGGAACCCAGGCUGGGAUGACCAAGGCCGCCCAAGGUGUUUAAACUGCAACGAGUGGGGACACAUGGCCCGAAACUGUACGCGACGGACAACAGAGUCGUCAGUUACAAGCUCACGACAACCAUCUGGCCAGGAUUUAAACUAA